AUGGAGGACGAAGUAUCCUUCCAAAUUAGGUCUAUGCAACCCAAACAUGUUUGUGGCAGGAAAUACAAGAGUUCAAUAGUUAACUCUACUUGGAUAGCAAAUCAACUGAUUGAGAAGUUUAAGGUUCAACCAAACAUGCCUUUGGAAGUGAUACAACAUGAGGUGAAGGAAAAAUGGAGGGUUGAUGUGACUCCGAGCAUAAUGUAUCGGGCUAGGAGAAAAGCUGGGAAACAAAUUUAUGGUAAAUUGGAGGGUCAAUAUGGUAGGUUGUGGGACUACUGUGAGACCUUGAGAAAGACCAAUAAGGGUACUUGUAUCAUGAUGAAGGUUGAGAGACCAAACCCUAAUUUGCCUCCUAGGUUUCAAAGAUUAUACGUUUCUCUUGCUGCAAUGAAGAAAGGAUUUAUAGAGGGGUGUAGGCCUAUAAUAGGGGUGGAUGGAUGCUUCCUUAAAGGUGCAUUUAAAGGUCAACUCUUGGCUGCUGUGAGUAGGGAUGGCAACAACAACAUGUACCCUAUUGCAUUUGCUGUUGUUGAAGCUGAGACGAAAGACAGUUGGAUUUGGUUCUUGGAAACCCUUGUCUCAGAUCUUGGGACACAUGAUCGGCAUGCUAGGCCUACAUUUAUUUCUGAUCGACAGAAGGGCCUUAUACCUGCAUUGAAUGAAGUGCUUCCAAUGGCAGACCACCGGUUUUGUGUUAGGCAUCUCUAUGCCAACUUUAAAAAUGAAGGGCAUAAAGGAGUAGCAUUCAAGGAAAUGCUAUGGGGUGCAGCGUCUGCUUACACUGAAGGAGAGUUUACUGCAUAUAUGGAGGGGUUGAGGGGAAUGAACAAAGAUGCCUACGAGUACUUGAACAGAGUGGAUCCUAGUUGCUGGUCAAGAGCAUGGUUUAGUGAGUAUUCUAAGUGUGACCUCCUUGUUAACAACAUUUGUGAGUGUUUCAAUUCCUAUAUUCUUAAAGCCCGUGACAAACCUAUAUUGACAAUGCUUGAGAUGAUAAGGAAAAAAUUAAUGAGAAGGUACCAAGCUAAAAGAGAGGGCAUUGAGAAAUUGACUGGAAAGUUAUGUCCUAGGAUAGUCACAAAGCUGGAAGAAAUUGGGAUAGCUGCAUCAGAUUGUGUUGCAGUUUAUGCUGGGGAAUACAUGUUUGAGGUUACUUGUCCGACUGGGAAACAAUUUGUGGUGGACUUGAGAAGGAAAUUAUGUGGUUGUAGGCAAUGGGAAAUUACAGGUAUCCCAUGUCCUCAUGCAUUUUGUGCUAUACUAUAUGAUUGCGGGGAUUCUGAGGAUUAUGUGGAUGAGUGUUAUACAAUAGAAAGGUACAAGAAGGCAUAUGCCCCAAUUAUCUACCCAAUGCCUAGUGAGGAACAAUGGAUCAAGACACAACAUGACCAUUUGGAACCCCCUACCUCAAGAUUGCAGCCGGGUAGACCUAAGAAGCAAAGAAAGAGGGGUCCAGAUGAGAGUAGAGAUCCAAAAAAUCCAAAUAGAAUGAGGAAAUUUGGAGCAAGGAUGAGAUGCUCUAAGUGUAAGGUUCUGGGACAUAACAAAAGGGCAUGUCCAACCAACAUGAGUGGGGCAUCCAAUUAUAAAGGACCUACCACGCCUGCAUCAAGUGCAACAAACGCAUGUAACCGUGGUGGUCCACUAGUUGGUAUUAGUCGUGGCCCAGAAGGUACUGCCAAUGUUUCUGUGCUAAAGAUUAAGAGUACGAUUAGUGAUAAUGCAGUUGCUAUAAGACAGGUUCCACCCCCAGGCCCACCUGCUUCAAGGACUCGACAGUCAGACAGGUUGAAGGGAAUUUGCCCUAGCACUCCCAUAAAUCCGGGUGUACCUAUUCAUAUUGAUCUUACAGGUCAGGUUGCAUCCAGUCGUGCAGAAACCCAACCCAAAGGCAAACGUAUUGUGACAACCAUAGAGAAGGGCAUUGGAGUCAUGGAAGCCAAGAAGAAAAAGAUGAUGAAGCCUAAUUGGAAACAUUAG